AUGACAAGGUGCCCGUCUCCAGUCCGCUUGCUGUGUCUGCAUUGCAGGUCUUCCUUGCGCCCUCCUUUCGCCGUCGUUCGCUCUCCUUGGCCAGCAACUCCUCGUUCCGGGUGGAAGCUACAAUGGAGCAAGCAAUACUCCGUCGGCGCCAAGCGCUCGGUCUUUGACUCCGAGUUCCUCAAAGACCUCAAUCGCCUUAAUCCUCCGGAGCGCCGGGUCCCGGAGUGGCACAGGAAAAGAGUGAAACCUUGGAUAACUUUCUUAGAAGAGUUUCUGCGGCGAAACCCCAAGAGUGCUGAAGCACAUUCAGCCUCCAACCAGUCUUCGGGAAUAACUCGAAAGUCGUUUGCGGAGACCAUCGAUUUAGCUCGCCAUUUGAAUGCCGCUCGGACGGAGCUCGAUAGGGACCUUUUAGCUCAUACUGGCUAUAAAUUGAACAAUUGGUCGAUGGUGUAUGCCAUACUCAACGGGUUACUGGAUGCUGCGGAGGCAGUCGCGGCAGCUUCUUCUUCGCGACGUGGGGUAGUUGAGGAUAGGGCCAUAAGUCUGGGGAUCUCGCUCGACAAAUUGACCGAUGUGGAUUUGUUCUCCUCGCCAUUUCCGCGGACAUCGGAUAUUGUCGGAUUGGAGACCCUAGAUUCACUUACAUAUAGGCCUUUUUCGCGGGAUUACUACAUGCUGCUCAUGGCCGAAGUCUGGAAAAGCUUAGGCAUAAUAACUAUAUACGCUGCUGACACAUCCCCUGCCAAAUCCAAGCUUGCCAUGUCAGUGGUCUAUCGUAUUCUUGCGCGGCUUCACCAUUCUGGUCUUGUCUCCGAGCGCGUCUACAAGUACACCACCCCAGACACCUAUCAGGCUACGUUCCGGCCUCCAGGAAUGUAUCUUCUAUCUACUCACAUUAUGGACGUUCUUUCUGAUGCUGCCUGGACGGUGCAUGAAGCAGAGGUUGCGGCAGAAGCAGCAGCCGCGGGGAAAGACGCUCCCUUCCUGCCUGCCAAGAUCAACAUUAAGGAACUCGGGCAUGAGAUUUGGUUGGAGUUUAUCCUUUGGUGCUGCGUCGAGCAUGGACACAUUAACGAAGGAACUUGGCUGCUUGAAAGAUUGAUCCGUCGAAAAGGUUGGAAGUUCCAGAGUUGGACGCCUCUUCUCCACGAGGAAAAGGCCUUGCGCAACACUAUCAUAAAUCGAGAAGUCUCAACGUGGCCUUCGCCAGAAUCUGCAAAUGUUGCGUCCGAGCCGCCCAAGCGGACUGAUCCCCCCUCACUUUUCCACGGCCUUGGUAAGCAAACGAUUAGUGUCGAAAUCGUUACAGCUUUAUUGGACAACCUGCCCAAUCUCAUUCAUAUGGGAAUGGGUACAGGAGGUGUCCCUGCUCCUGAAAUCCUCCGUCACAUCGAUAAUCUCAAAUUUGCCAUCACCUCUGCUACGACGUCUGAGUCGGAGUUUCUAUCGACAACCAAAACAGUUAAUUGGUUUACAACCCGUGUGAUUGAGUCCGGCGGCCUGAUACCCGAAGUUGAUCCACAAACGUUCGAUAAUCUUCUCAAGCUAACACCUCACGUUGUCCCACCAUGGAGCAACGGCAUGUGUCCUGUGGAAGAGGAUACUUUGGCUGCCCUUGAUCAAUCGCAACUCUACGACGACACGUGUGCCUUUACUGGCCUAAUUGAAUACAACCUGAAGUACCACUCUUCUCAUAGAUUCACUGGGAACGCUCUGAAUCUGUUCGCCAGGUUGCAGGCUGUUAUGGACACAUGCAAGAUGCGACGUCUCGAUGAUUUCUUCUCGUCGCGGUUGAAAGAUGACCGUGCAAACCUGCCUUUCACUUAUGAUGGCUUAUUAUCCUUUGAAUCGUCCAUUCCCCAGCUUUCGAACGUCACUCUUGCCCAUUUAUUUGAUCUGAUUACUGUGUCACGAGCUUUUGCAUUCGGCGAAUGGCUUCUAUUGUCUGACGACAUCGACGGGCCUACAGUGCCCGUAAACGCAUAUGGAGACCAGGCUCUAGCACCUUCCCUCUUGCGAUUUGCGGCCGCCACGAAGAAUGAUAACAUUGGGGAAUCCGUUGUGCGAUCACUCAGUCAGCCUGUCUCCCUCAACACUCUUCGAGCUAUUCUAAAUUAUCGCAUCACCAUGCACCAGUGGGAUCAAGUUAUUUCCACUCUCAAAUACAUCCGUGAUAAUCGAAUCAAGACUUGGGCGCAUAGCAACAUCGCCGCCAUUGCCGCAGAGAUCAUCCGUCUUGACCACGCCCUAAUAAUGUCAUCGGAAAAAUCAAAUUCGCCCAGCACGUCCAAUUCCGACAUUGAAAUAAAUCUUGCAGAAGCGAAAAAGGUUCUCUACCGCAUCUUAUUCGGCGAGUUUGACGAAAACCCUUGGCGCAAACGCCGUAACCCUAACUUCCAAGCACACACUCUCAUCAGCUUCACCCGCCUCUUCCGCCACUUACCCUCCCCUUCGCUCCACGAAAUCGCCGGUUCUGUAUUCGAGUCUGAGUACGUUCCUAUGUAUCGCCUUCCAUAUAUUCCCUCCCCGCCAUUUCACACAAUUCUCGCCGCUAUCGCAGAAACCCAGGGCACAGCCGCUGCCAAAAAGGUCUAUAAGCGUUUUUGCGUUAGUUAUAACUCACCGGAGUUCAGUCGUCUUGUAGUAGGUGGCAUCACGCGGUUUUACGAGAAGGCCGAACGGGACUUCCGGAGGGGCGAUCCGAACUUUGACGCCGAGUAUUUUCACCAUCUCCAGAAGAAGCUAGUGCUGCCAAAUCCAAACACAGUGAGAAUUCUUACGCAAGCGGCUAUUCGGGAGUAUCAGGCUGCUACAGUCGAGAUGGAGGCGGAGGUGCGUUCAUGGUCAGAGUCACUAAUACCAAGCUCAGAAGGCACAGCAGCUGAGCAAUACUAUGACCGAACCCUGUCUCCUCGUUCCACUGAUGCAGGAGCCAGUCUUUCCUCGAAUGGAACACCGCCACCUCUUUCCCCGCGAGAACGGAAAGACGAGGCUGAAAAGACCCUCAUUUUCUGCAUCAAACGCUUCAAGGUCUUCCAUAUGAGCGACGCCGAAAUAGCCCGUGAGGUUGGCGAAGAGUUCUACUCAAAUUACCAAAGAGCCAAUGCGGAUAGACGAGAGUGGGACCGGAGAACAAAAAGCGACCUGAAGAGGAAUUUGGAACGGAGAGAGAAGUUGAAGGAGAGAUUAGAGGAGGCCGAGGAAACGCUAGAAGAUAUCAAGAAAGAUGCAAGAGCCAAGAGGAAAGAGCGGCGCAAGCUGUGGCAAAAGACACAGAAACUCAAAGAGAAGUUGAAGAAGAGCGAAAAAGCUCAAAACGACGUCAAGCUGAACGUCCUGUUGAACAUGACGAGACGCGAGCGGGAUCGAGCGUGCGAUGGGAAUCAAGAACAGAAACGUCAACCACUAUUUUUGCCUAGGGCAAGAAGCGAGAUGAGAAGGAUGCGGAGAGAGAGGGGGAUUAUGAGACGAGAGAGUUGGAGAGGACAAACGCCCAGGUGA